AUGAGAGCCUUUGCCUUCGGUGCCGUGCUAGCGAUAUCGCACGCGACUUCUAUCCUAAAGCCGGACAUUCGCGCAGACACCAAUCGCGAUGGCCGCGUCGACAUCAAAGGCUCGACCGAUGUCCACGGCAAGGAUACUUGGACCAACUCGGCCGGCGCUCUCUUUCUCGCCAACAUUGGUGAUACAAACCGUCGAUGCAGCGACAGAAAAGACAUGCAGGGCGGUCCGGAGACAGUAUCGGACGAAAAGCUCAUGGGAUGCCACGAUGCCGCAGAUGACAUCCAGCGCAGUCCUCAGUACCUGGCCCCCAUGCGAACCGUGCCCCUGUCGAACCUAAGCCCCCGUGCCUUCGGCUCCAUCUCCAUUUCCGAAGAGCAGUCCCGGAAACUUGUACGCAUCUUUCGCCGCUCUGGCGAUGGUUGGCAGAUCGUGCACAAUGACACCAUCUUGACGGUCGAGGAGCUCGCCAAGGGGCUGGAGCUCGGGAUUGAUGCGAGGGAUGGGCGAAAGCCUACCUGGGACGGCAAGGCAACGGUUCGGUUUUCCGUCACGGAUGGUAACCAAACGUCAACGGACAAGGUAGCGCUGCGCGUCGCCCCCCUUCUUGCCCAUCAUCACCUCCAAAAGGUCGAGAAGGUGAUUGCUCCCAACGUUUCGGAACCAGACCCCUGGUCGACGAUGACGAGAGCGACAUUUGACGACAUCGACAUAAUUAUGCAACGAGAAGGCUUUCAAGUUCCGAUUCAACACAUAAAUACCAUGCCCCUUGAGGUGGCGCAGGAUCCACGGACAACUAUACUGCCCACCGAAUGGGUGCAAGAUCAGUUUGAAGCGACCUACAUGAGCAUACCAGGGCCGAGCGGGCCUGUCGUUAUGCGCAUCAUGGUGUCGACUUCGAACCUAUGGCGGGACGAUCAUCGUGUCGCAUUCCAGACGCUUCGCGAUACCGGCAUCGGAGCCAUGUAUUACCCCACAGACAAGUUUGUACCGGACCUGGACCAUUUUGGGAAUCUUGAGACUAUUCCGCCCUAUGAGCUGAACGGGAAGCGAUAUCCCACGGGCCGCAUCAUUCUCGGCGGCGAAGAGGAGGGACUGAAGCCUGUGGCGACAGAUCUAUUUCGGGCUCAAGAGGUACAGGAUCCUUUACUCAUCGACUCCAUGUGGCUUCCCGUCGGUCAUGUCGAUGAGUUCCUUCAAUUCCUUCCCGCCAACACGUCCCGUGGCUGGAGCAUCAUGGUAAACGAUCCUCAUGCCGGUACGCGGCUCCUUUGGGAGGCCUACGAGGCAGGCCUUGGGCCGAGUCUCUUCUACUCCCGUCCAAGCGGAGCCUCAUCCACAGUCGAGACCAUUGUGGCGGCUGCCGAAUGGGCGGCUGCCGAGAUGGGCAAUGCGACGGCCAAUACCAUGGCUGCCGAUCGUAUCCAGGCAACCAUUGACCUUCUCAAGAAGGAAACGGGCAUCACCGACGAAGAAAUCUUUCGCGUUCCGGCACCAUAUUACUGGUCGACUUACAAAUGCACUCGGACGCCGCAGGAAAAACGACUAUCACGGCGCUCAACAGUUCGACGAGCCGAGGUGGCGGUAUCGCCCGAUUAUUGUUUCAGUCGGCGGGCUGGUAAAGGCGUAGUGAGAACCAUCGUCCCUCCUGCCGUCAACGGCAUCGUUCUGAGCAGGUCCCGGUAUAUCGCACCCAAGCCUUGGGGCCCCGUGGUGAACGGCACCGAUAUUUUCGAAAAGGCGGCUCGAGACUGCUACAAGAAGGCAGGCUUUGAGGUUGACUUUGUUGACGACUGGUCGCUGUUUGUGGACAAAGGAGACAUUCACUGCGCAACCAAUGUGCUUCGAGACGCUUCGGCCGCAUGGUGGAAGUUCCGCGCCUUCGCCCUCCUUCCCACGGAGGAGCAGGCCAACGUGCUUCGCUUCUACCACGUCGCCGAUGCCAAGCUCGCCCUCGGCUCCUCGCUUCUCAAGCGGCUCGCCAUCGCCCGCUACGCCUCCGUGCCCUGGCCUGCAGCCAGCUGGUCCCGCGAUGAACGCACGAAGCCAGUCUUCCGCCACCCUGACGGUACCGAGCCCCUUCUCUUCAACGUCUCCCACCAGGCCGGCCUCGUCGUUCUCGUCGCCCUCGUCUUCGCCGACCGCCACAGGCCAUCCCCCGACACCUCCAUCGGCAUCGACAUCGUCUGCCCCUCCGAGCGUCGCGAUCGAGACCACGCCAUGAUCGCUGCCGACGGCUGGUCCCACUACGUCGACAUGCAUUCCGAAGUAUUCUCCCCGGCCGAGUCCAGCCGGCUCAAGGACCUGCCGAUGCCCGAUGCCGACACCCGCCUGGCCUAUUUCUACGCCCUCUGGUGCCUGCGGGAGGCCUACGUCAAGAUGACGGGCGAGGCCCUGCUGGCCUCUUGGCUGCGCGAGCUGGAGCUGCGCUACUGCGCGCCGCCGGGUCAGACGGCGCCUGAAGGCCGCUCGCUCGAGAUUUGGUUCCGCGGCGCACGUGUCGACGACGUCGAGGUCCAGCUCCACCCUCUCCUAGACGGUUACAUGGUCUGCACGGCGAUGCGAUGGGGACGCAACCAUGACGGUGACGGCAAGCCGGACACGACGGUGCCAUUUACCGAGCUGCGCAUUGAUGAGCUGCUGACCGAAGCAGAGGCUGCCGGCGGACUGUAG